AUGGAUUUGUUAUUUGCAAAGAUAAUUUGUAUUGUAAUUUUUUUGGUGGUAACAACCUUCGGUUGUUUUAUUCCUCAUUUAAUGGGAUUGUAUAAAGAAAAAGAAAAUGAAGAAAAGAAUCAACGAGUUAAAAAUAUUCUUUCAAACUUGAAUUGUUUUGGUUCAGGUUUUAUUUUUUCAAUUAUCAUGUUUCACUUACUACCAGAAACUAUACAUAUAAUUAGUGACCAUGGAAAUAUAAAAAUUUUUAAUACAUCAGAUAGUCAGAUGAAAAUUUUGUAUAUCUUUUUCUUUGUAUUUAUUGGUUUCUGCAUGCAAUUAGGUUUAGAAUAUGUACUUCCAGUAGAUACGAACAUUUGUUGUGUUUCAAAUCUUGAUUCAAAAAAGAAAUUGGAAGAUACUCUUUCUCAAGAUAUAGCAAAAAACGCGAGCACAGCAGUAAAUAUAGAAAUGCAGAAUAUAGAUAAUAUUGAUCAUAUACAUGAACAUUCAUGUGAAGGAGUUCAUACACAUGAAGAAAAAAGCAUAGGGAAAUUCUUGGAGCUCCUUACAUUACAAUCUUUUUUUCUAACCAUCUCAUUGGCUAUUCAUUCAUGCAUCGAAGGUAUGAUAAUUGGAACAUCAACUGACGUAAAUUAUGUGUUCAUAAGUUCUUUUUGUAUUUUAUCACAUAAAUGGAUAGCUGGUGUUACUGUUUCUUUAUCAUUAAAUUCGAAUAAUUUGAGCAAAACUUUGAAAGCCAUUUUAUUGUUAACUUUCGUUCUUGCUUCUCCAUUGGGUAUAUUGUUAGGACACUUGGCAAAAUCAGCAGGACAAAAAGUAACCUGUUUAAUAAACGCUGUGUCUAUAGGAACAUUGCUCUUUAUAGGAUGCGAGAUAUUGUUGAAUGAAAUAAAACAACAUAUAAGCAGAAAAGUACGACUUUGUAAGUGGCUAAGUUUUUGUUUUUCUUGUCUUAUCGCUUUUGCUUUAAUUAGUUUUACAACAAGUAUGGCACCUCAUACUCAUGGAGAUAUAGAUACCCAUAUGCAUAUUCAUGAUCAUGAUCAUCAUCAUAAUCAUUAA